GAGAUCGUCUCUCACAGUAUAGACAGAUAGAUUCACGGUGUUGGAAGAGAAAUCAAAUUCUGACAUCGGCUGCUGAAUCUUUUUUCUACGUUCGUUUGUUCGUUCGUUGUCUCUCUCGCUCUCUCUCACGAUUGCAUUUUGGAUUCAUUUCGAUCAGUGGAUUCAUUUUGGAACGGUUUUUUGUCUCAUACAUUUCAGUGGCAAUUGAAUAGUGAUCAAUGAAAAUAGAAGUGGAAAAGCGCAGAAACAAAAGAAUAAAAGCAAAAAGGAGUGAAAUUUCGGAAAAUUUGAUUAAAAUCACGACAAAUUACGAUGAAAAAUAAAUGUGUUGCGGCCAAUUGACUGUGAACUGUGCUUAAGCUAGUGGUAAAAAUAAGAAACAAAGAUAAACGGAAUGGGUUUAUUCAAUUGGAUUCGAAUACAUGUUGAAUGUUCCAUGAAUGGGAAAACAUCGAACAAAAAGAAACAAUAACAACAUCCGAGUGUGAACAAGGAAUUUUGUGUGUAUCAUGUGGCGGUGAUUCAUUGGCAUCAUAUUUUCUGCGCAAAAACAGUGCAAUUCGGAGAAAAGAUUAUUUUUGAACAUUUUCUUUAAAAUUCUUUCUGAGUGUAUAAUGCCGUUUUUGAGAGAGAACAUUUGGUGGUCGCUUCUUUUUUUUUUUGCUUGGAGACGCAAAAUCCAUAAACGGUAUUUGAUGUGAGCUGGCAAUUAAACGGCAUUUGAGUGAUGAGUCGCGUACAAGUGACGAGAGAUUAUUGUUGCUUGUUGCUGUUCCGUUUGUUGUUGUGGUGAUGAUGUGCACGCACUGUUUGAUUCGCGUGAUAUCUCAAUUCGCCGUUUCGAUUUUAGCCCAUAACAUUGUGUCUUGAACUUUAUUCACUCGUCACCUGGCAUCAUGUUGAUGAUCCGAAAAUAAAAUCACAUGCCAGGCAUUGAAAUCGAAAUUCGAUGUCGCCUUCUAAUUCGAUCUCACUCUCUCUAUCUCUCGUCGCGACGUUUUUUUUUUCUUUCGUCUUGUCUUCAUCGUUGUGAUUAAUCAUAAAGCUGAAGGAAGUGAAGAGAUGCGGUUCGCAAAUGCACAAACACACAUAGAAACUUCGAUGAAAAUGUGCAAAGCUGACUCAUUGCUCUCGAUCCGUGUGCAAAAGCUGCAAUUUCGUAAUUUUUCAGCAAUUUCUCUACGUUUUAAAUAAAAUUGCACAUUACCUUACAGUUUCUCUGUACACAGUAAAUACGAAUCCGGCGACAGUGUUGGCUCUGGUCAUUCACUCAGGUGCGCUCAUUGCAUGUAUGUUUCUUGAUAUUGCGACAAAAACGAUCGUAUGUGUGCGUACGUAUUUUAAUGAAUGACUUGGCAGAGAUUUUCUACUCAUUGCCGCUGUCUCUCUAGCUAAACUUAGCUAAAAACUUGGAGCCGAAACUAUGUGGCGAUUUGGGUUUAAAGACACGCUUCGCUUCACUUCCAAUUCCAAACACGGGAGUUUCCUUCAUUUUCCAGCCACCGCACAUUCUGUUCCUUUGUCAAUGUCACAUGUGUGUGUGUGUGCUUGGCGAAGAGAGUUCGCACUGCGUUCGGGUUUUGCCAUUAUAAAACGGCAUAAAUCGGGAGAGUAUCUUUCGAGUCGCCGUCGUCGUCGUCGCGCGAACGACCGAACUGCUUAAGUUUCCAUUCAACAUUCUCCGAAAUGAUGUGAAACAAAACCAUUGUCUGAUGCAGCGGUUUAAGGGAUGACACUUCUCACUUUGUCGGCUAUGAAACCAAUUAUUUAUGAAAAACUUUAUCUGGAGUUAAUAUUCGUGAACAUUCAAUUAAAGCGAAAUUGUAACAAAAACGUCGUCAUCGUCUGCCUUGCCGAGAAAAAUCCACGGCCAGUGAAUUGCCACCCAGAAUUGAAUUCACACUGUCUGUACAGUGGAGUGCAGUGCACGGAUUCACUUGUAUCGAAUCAAAUCUGAAUAAGUUUCAUUCAAGGGUGUAGUAAAGAAGAAGACGAGAGAGACUAAGUGAACGGGCAUAUUCAACAUAGAAAAAAACAAAGCUUCGAAAGUGAGUGGAGUGGUUGAUGACAUAAAAAUAAUUAAAAGCAACAAUAUUACGGGACGCCGUGUUUUAUCGACAUUUUACCACGGCUGAUGCAGACAUCGUACCAGUAUACAGACAACAAGGACAAACGGGUGACACAACAACAAAAUUUUGAUCGCAUCGCGUGAGUCAGAGAAAAAAAGUUUCGAACGAAAGAGAGAGAGAGAGAGCGCGCGCGCGCUCACAGAGAGGAAGGUGUAAAAGUUUUUCCAUCGAAAAGUCGAUCAUCAAAACAGAAAAAAAACAUGAUAAUCGUCGACGAAUCGGAUCCAGUGGGCGAAAUCGUGGCGAGCUUUGAACCACGCAACGUUACCGUAAAAAAAGGCGUCGAUGCCAAGGAAUUUUAUGAUUUACUCACUGAAAUCGGCAGAGGAAAAUUUGGCACCGUCUACAAAUGCCAAGAGAAAUCAACAGGUUUGAAACUGGCUUGUAAAAUGGUACCGAUUCCAAAGCGUGAUGAUCGACGAAAUGUGGAGCGUGAAGUUGAAAUUAUGAAUUCCCUGCAGCAUCCGUUAAUAAUUCAACUUUAUGAUGCGUACGAGUACAGCAAAAUGAUGUGUGUGGUUCUUGAGCUUAUCGAGGGUGGUGAACUCUUUGAUCGUGUCAUUGACGAUGAAUUUGUGCUAACCGAAAAGACAUGCACGGUCUUGGUACGGCAAUUGUGCCAGGCAAUGGAAUUCGUACACAGCAACAAUAUCCUACAUUUAGAUUUGAAACCGGAGAACAUUUUGUGUCUAACACGCGACGGAAAUCGUAUUAAAGUCAUCGAUUUUGGUCUUGCCCGCAGAUAUGAUCCGGAUAAGAAAUUGCAAGUUCUUUUUGGCACACCAGAGUUUGUUGCACCGGAGGUCGUUAACUUUGAUAUCAUCUCCUUUGCCACAGAUAUGUGGAGCGUUGGAGUCAUUUGUUACGUGCUACUUUCGGGUUUGUCACCGUUCAUGGGAUCAACUGACAUUGAAACAAUGACCAAUGUUACAAUCGGCAAAUACGAUUUUGAUGACGAAGCAUUUCAGAAGGUGUCCAAAGAAUCAUUGGAUUUUAUAUCAAAAUUGCUGGUUAAAGACCCGAGCGUUCGGAUGACGGCUGAACAAUGCUUAGAACACUCAUGGCUGAAGCAAUAUCCGAAGAAGCCGGAAAUUAUCGAAACACAAAGUGAAUGCAUAACAAAUGGUGACAUUAAAUCACCGGUAAUUGAAGUUGAGCAGGCAAAUGAGCCGGAAAAUGAAUUACAGUUGACGUCAACCAAAGAAAAUCUAAAGUCAUUCAUUGAACGUUGGGAGGAGCAUCCAAAUAGCCCGUACAUUUUUGAUGCAAAUUCAUCGUUGAUUUUGCCAACAGUCAAAGAUGCCGAAAAGAAUACGAGUAGUGGAUUUUCAUCACGUGGCUGUUCGCCGUCACCAUGCGAAUCGCUUAGCAGUAAUACGGAACUGUUCGAAAAUGGAAUUAGCCCGGAAAGUGAAGUUCCACCCGAAUUGGAUAAUGAUUUUGAGCCGCCUGAUGCCGUCGAUAACAAGCCACAAAAAGAAUUAUUCGAACGGCCGAGCAGCAGUGCAUCGGCGGAUCGAAACAGUAAAAGUAAACAAGAAUAUUUGCAAUCAUUUGAUCGUCGACAUUCGGAUAGUAACUAUGUGAUGAAUCACACAUCGGGCAUUGAGCGUCUCAAUUUGGCCGAAGAAAUUAAGAAAUUAUCCGAUCGCUUGCUGGUGUUGUCAUCGCUAAACGAUGAACUCAAAGAGUUUAACAAACGUAUCGAAGAGUCGAGAACGAAGACGACAACAAAGACGACGACACCAUCAACGGCCGACAAAAUAGUGCACGCAAAACGCACGGAAGUGAUGAAAAAUUUGAAGAAUGCCACCAGUUUUAGUAGUUCAACAAAAACGGAAAAAGUCAUCGUCAGCAAAAUGAUCCAUUCGAAAUCGUUGAUGUCGGACGAUGAAGCGACAUCAUCGUCUCGUUUCGCCACCAAAUCGGUAGUCAAUGAUUUAACUGAGCGAUUGCGAUCGUUGGAUGAAACUCCGUCAAUGUUCAAGAAAGUUGUGAAUGCAUCGACAAAAACCACCAAUGAAACAAUUUCAACGAGCUUGGGGAAUCGUUUGAAAGCCAUCACCACAUCAACCAGCAAUAGUUCAUCGGAAUCAACGUCACCGUGUACAUUUGGUUCGGUGCCAUGGCCAAUAACAAAUCGUCGCACCAAAUUCCGUGUCACACAAUUGAGUCGGGAUGUACCGGUUGGUUCGCCCGAUUCACAUCAAACCAUUUUCCUCGAAGAAGCUGCAAACACAACCAAAGAUUGUUUGCUGCAAUUGCUUGACAAAUACAAUGCAAAAGGAGCGCGCACUUGUAACAUCCGCCGUCAUCAAAGUAUCGCUGUUGGCAAUGGCAUCACCGACAAUCUAGAAUACAAUUCGAUGAAUUCCAUUAAUGCAUUCUUCAAACGGAAUGCCUUCCAACAGAACGGAAACACUGUGCGAAAAAUUAAAGCACGCAUCGAAUCCAAACAUCUGUAGUAGUUUCGAUUUCUCCAACAUUAAGAACAACAACUACUUUUCUCAUCGUUUUUUCUCGUGCAUCACACCGAACAGUUUGCGCUUAAAUUGGUUUAAAACAUUUAAACUUGGAAUGGAAUUUUCUUUUUUGUUCAUCAUCUGUCGUAUUAAAUGUUAUUGAGUUACUUUAAGAAAGAAACAAAUAUAUACUUAUGGAUGGUCUGAGUGGUGAUAACAAAUGCUGACAAAACGAUCGUUACUGAAGUUUUCUGUUUGAGUUUUUCUGUUUUUGUUUGGGUUUUUUUCGUGCACGAUUCGAAAGUGAUGAUUCAAAUGGCAAAUAUGCACCUUGAACAGCCACGAUUGAGACAGGAAAAAAAAGUGCUGCUCGAGAAAAAAAGGUAUCCGAAAAAAAACACGGGCUAAAAAAAACAUAUUGUAAUAUGUAAAUAGUGAAAAAAUAGUGCGCAUUGCUCAGAUUCCCAAACGCAAGCAAUAUUCAAAAUUUGAAUAACAGCACGUAAGAAAGAAAGAAACAUACACUAAACUCAUACAUAAACUUUAUGCACAAAUACAAAGAGAGAGAAGGAUGAGAGAAUAUUUGAAUCAUCACUAUUUUUUUUUCAAAUUUACGUGCAACCCGGACACGGAUUGCAUCGUGUUGCAAAUUGGAUUUUUAAAUGUAAAUGUAAAAUGCUAUUUUCUUUCUAUACUCUUUAGUUCUUUUUUCCAUUGCAGCAGGAGAAAAAAAAACACAUGUAAAAUAAGUGCAGAAAUCGUUUAGCUUUACUAUCAUUGUAUUUUGGAUUCAAAGUGUCAAAUAAACAAAUCAGCAGUAAACAAAAA